AUGGCGCAACAGGUACCGCGCCUCAGACCCUUCGUCACCGCCUACCUCAGGCAACACGAAGAGCUUAUCAACACGAGCUCCCCGGCGUCUGUGGCCGCUGACAGCACUUCUACGAAAUCAAAAGCAUCUGAAGUCUCGGACUCGGCAAGUUCUUCAGCUCAGGGUGCCGGCCGUAUUCCCAACAGCCUGCGGGAGGCGAUCCUGAAGAGAUUACCCAUACCUCGGGGCCGCGCCUCGUCCGAUUCCUGCGUGGAAGCCUCCACCCGCCGCCAGGGGAAGGACUUGCCACCCAGCACCAGCGGGACCUCAAGUUCCUCCGAUGAUAUCCGCAAGUCUGAUGUCGAUUCAGGGAUAUUUUCCAGCCACGGAGACUCGGUUAAAUGUCAGGAUGUGCCAGUACCUCCCAAACACGAUAGAAUAAUCGAAAAAGAUCUGGGACCUCCUCUUAUAGCAGAGCCAGACGGAUCUCUGUGUUUCUCUGGCACGCCAGACAGCAAUGUCAUGUCUAAAGUCUCUAAUUCUACAUCUCAUUAUUCAAGCACCAAUUCGUCCACUCGUGAUAGUUCAAACAAGACGCAGAGUUCGAGCAACAGCUGCCUCAGUUGCUGCUCGAAAAUUUCAGCCGAGUUAAGCCACGACAAAAAGUCGCCAGUGAUUCACGUGAAGCUGUACUCGACAAGCCAGUCCUUGGAUGGAUCCGUAAGCCGACGGCAUAGCCAUGUUUUGUGCCACAAAGUCCCGUUGUCGUCCCUCUCUUGCUGCUCCGAGUGCAUGAUCGAGGAAAAUGGAGAUGUGGCGCCAUGUUUGUGUACGUCCCAAAUAUCUGGUUACUCUGUUGAUUCUGAUAUUUCCGGAGACAAGAAAUCCACAUGUAGUUCUUCUAUUCACUCGAACAUUGUCUGCAACUGUGCCGAGGAAAUAAGUUGCGUCUGCACCAAGGGUUCUCAGAUCACGUGCGAAGUCGACCUUGUCUUUGAAGGAGAAAAUGUGAAGAAUGUUCCCAUGAAAAAUGAGAUCAUGGAGGUUGAUGUUUCAAACUCGCUGUCUUUAGUAAACAACGGAGAGUUCGGGGAACAUUCGGACUCAGAACUGUCCAGCAAUUGACCAAUGUAUGCCUGGAAUCAUGAUCAUUUUUAUACAGUGCCGUAAUUCCCGUGGUAAAAUACUGUUUUUAGGCACUUCGGUGAUAAUGAAACUUGAUUUUGAAAUUUUAAUCUCAGCUUAUUCAUCGCAAAUCGGUUCCUUUUACCAAUCCAAUGAUAGUUUAAGAAGCUAUAGAGAUGAUGAGUUACACGCUUAAUUAAUGCUUAUAUAUGAAAUUGAAAUAUUAUUUAUUAUU